UGUUCAGAUUCCAAAGCUGGGCGUACGGUUGGCGUGCGGAAGGGCAGCAGCAGCGACAGGAGCCAGCGGCUGGCGCGAACGCCAUUGUGCUCCACUUCGGCUGAAGGUCUCUUCGGAUGCUAGUCCCGCCUCUCGCUUCCAUGCCGUGCACGCGGGGUCGGCGAGCGACUGCGGCCAUCAACGUACACAAGCCCUAGACGAAGAAGAAGAAGGCGACGCAGCGUUCAAAGCGGUACGAUACGAACGAUGAGUAUGGAAAGCAUAAAGUGCACAACCGGCAAUCGCCGGCGGAGGCCUGCAAGGCGGAAGAAGGGGGAAGGGCUGGGCGCGAGUCAUCCACUGGGCGCUGCGGGGCCACGAAGAGAAGCGGGCGCCACUGCACCCGGGAGUGGGGAAAGAAAUCUCUGGCACAGCGCGGCAGGCCCAUGUCGUCGCCUCGGACGCGUCGCCGGCAACGCAGCGGCCGAGGUCAGGCCACGGGGGUCAAAUCCGCGCGCUCUCGAAUGCGCGAUUCGUUGACGUCGCCUCGUCCUCGCUGCUGCGCCCGACGCUGACUGCCGGCCGAGGACGACGGCCCCUGAAGCCGAGGAAGCCCGCGGCUCGCCGACUGCCCCACGGGCCCCUCGCUGCCUUCGAGGGAAAAUGAGCGGCGAAGCCUGCAGCUGCAAUUCCAAGUGGGCGGACUCGGAGAGCUGGCGUCGGCGGCGGCACCGGUCAACCCGGGACACCAGCGUCGCUGUUUUCGUGCGCUCGUCUGCGACCGUGGCCGUGGCAUGCCUCCUGCUGCACACAGCAGGAACAUUCUCGGCGCAGCUUGUACCAGAUACUGUCGACCUGGUUGGCCGCGUUGACCUGGGUCUGCUCCCUGCCGGUGUCGAGGUGCGGCCGGGCUUCUGCGAGCAGCGGCCGGCUUGGCUGGACGUGGACGGCACGCCCAUGUUCCUCGGGCCGGACACCGCCUACGGCAUCUCGCGCGCCGCCAACCUCUCGGUGUCCACGCUCGAAGCAUUUCCAUUCGGCUUUCCGCGAGACUUCUCGGUGCUGGCCACGUUUCGCAUGGAGCAGAACACGCAAGGCUACCUGCUCUCCGUGUACGACUGGAAUGACGAGGAGCAGCUGUCGCUGCACGUGGGCGAGAACCUGACGUUCGCGAUGCGUUCCGCCAACGGCAACGGCAGCACCGUCUACUCGGCGGUCUUCACCGAGCCUUUCAACGACGGAAAGUGGCACCGUAUGGCGCUGAGCGUGAAAGGGGAUGCGGUCACGCUGGUCAAAGACUGCGUGGUGCGUGAGACUGAGGAGAUGGCCCGCUCCGACGACGUGCUCGUCGACACCUCUGGUGUCACUCUGGUCGGACAGGCGUUGGACAUCAAUGUCGACCCCUUCCAGGGAGACCUGCAGCAACUGCUGGUGGUGCCUGCGCCGGACUCGGCCUACGAGUUGUGCAGCAGCUACGUUCCAGGAUGCGCCAUCCCGCUGCCGCCGCUAGACGCCGACUACGGAGACCCGCUUUUCAACAGGACCGAUCCUGCUGAGAAGGAGCCGCAGCCGGGUCGAGCCUACUACAACGAAACAACUCCGUAUUAUCCGGAGGGAGGGGUAACACCGAUCCCACCCUACUACCCAACGAUCAGCUAUCCCAUUGAGGGACCACCGGGCCCUCAGGGUUUUCCUGGUCCUGCUGGAUUUCCUGGACUUAAAGGCGACAAGGGAGACCCGGGAAGGGACGGACUUGCCGGCACGGCGGGGCAGCCUGGAGCCCCUGGACACAUCUUCAUGAUACCAUACCAAACAGCGGGAGACACCAAAGGUCCCGACAACACCGAAUCGCUGCGACAGAUGCUCAGCCAGCACAUGCUUGCGAUGCGGGGCGCCCCUGGACCAAUGGGCUUGACUGGUCUUCAUGGGCCUGUGGGCCCCAUGGGACCACAGGGAGAGAAAGGAGAGCGUGGGGAGCAAGGGGCUGUGGGACCACGAGGAAUGCGGGGCCAGCAAGGAACAUCUGGAAAGCCGGGAAGACGGGGACGAAGUGGCAAGGACGGGGAACGUGGCAAGCCAGGACCUCCAGGGUCAAAGGGCGAUGUCGGCCUGCCCGGUCUUCCAGGCCUGCCGGGAGAGAAAGGUGAAAGGGGUUACGUCGGAGCUCCAGGUGACCAGGGGCUGGUCGGACACGAAGGGCCACCGGGUGACGAUGGAGCUACAGGGCUGCCCGGACUUCCAGGAGAGAUGGGUCCACGAGGAUUUCCAGGCCCCCGGGGAUUCGUAGGGCUUCAAGGACCACCUGGCAUACCGGGAUCCGAAGGGCCUGUGGGACCGAAGGGUAGCACGGGCCCUCCGGGUGGACCUGGCCAGCCAGGCCAGCAAGGGAUGCAGGGCGCUGUGGGAUCGCCAGGCCCUCAGGGAUCUCCAGGACCACUGGGACCACCGGGGCCUAGAGGAAAGCCAGGCCUUCCAGGUCUCCCAGGAGCGGAUGGAAUGCCCGGACCACCAGGAAAUGCUGGUUCGCACGGCGGAAAAGGAGAUAUGGGGCAUGCUGGACAGCAGGGGCCCACGGGAUUCCCAGGUCCUCGGGGCGUCAAGGGUGACGAUGGUCCACGAGGGCCGCUAGGUGACAAAGGCGAUAAGGGCGCACCGGGCGUGGACGGUCAGAAAGGUGACCACGGACUUCCUGGUGACGGGGGUCCUCCGGGUACCGAAGGCGUCCAAGGAAUAGAAGGUCCCGAAGGCCCCAAGGGAUUUGAAGGACCUCGAGGAGAGAAAGGGCCCCCAGGAGCACCGGGUGAAAAGGGUAAAAUGGGCAUUCCAGGAUUCCCAGGAUAUCCAGGAACGACAGGACCGAAGGGCGAAAAAGGAUUUCACGGAAAGACCGGAGAGAAAGGUGACAAAGGCGACCGGGGACCAACCGGCCCACAUGGAGAGCGAGGCCAAAUUGGACCGCGGGGGAACAGGGGCCAGAGAGGAAGAGUCGGAAAAAGAGGGGCGCCCGGAGAAAAGGGCAGCACCGGAGAGCCGGGACCUCCCGGUAUUCCCGGCGAGAGAGGGCCCCAGGGCCCUGAAGGCGCUAGAGGAUUCGUGGGAGUGCCAGGAUCACCCGGUGCGUCAGGAAAGGAUGGGCCUCCGGGACCUCCAGGGGAGCGAGGGCCACCCGGUGAAACCGGCACCGCGGGACCUCCAGGCCCACCUGGCGUCAUCGGACCGGCGGGCCCUCCCGGUGAGACCGGAGCAUCCGGCGACAUCGGACCUCCUGGUCGUCCGGGCGUUCCUGGUGAGACAGGCUUGCCCGGACCUGCAGGAAAAGAAGGUCCAACGGGUCCUGUUGGCCUUCCGGGCAACAAAGGCCCCCCUGGGCCUCCAGGUCCUCCUGGUUUUCCAGGAGAGAGGGGAAACAUGGGGCCACCGGGUUUCCCUGGUCCUAAAGGGGAAAUUGGGCUUCCAGGAGCGCUCGGGCCACCAGGCGAGAAAGGAGACAUGGGCCUACCUGGUGACCCCGGACCUGCCGGUGAAAAGGGACGCAGCGGUCCUGUCGGUCCACUAGGGCCAGCGGGCCCAAAGGGAGACAAGGGUGACCUGGGAGGUCCUGGUCCCCUCGGCAGAGACGGACUUCCGGGAGCCAGGGGACUUCCAGGACCGCCAGGGCCUGUUGGACCACCAGGAGAGGACGGAGACAAGGGAGACUCCGGCCUCCCUGGUCAGAAGGGGCUGAAAGGUGCGAAGGGUGAUACGGGACCUACCGGUGUGACUGGGCCUCAAGGACUGAGGGGAGAGCCUGGCGUACCAGGCGCAGAAGGCGAACCAGGUCCUCCGGGUCCCGCCGGACCUCGAGGAAGCAAAGGAGAGGAUGGUCCCAUCGGAGCCGCUGGCACUGCCGGGGCCCCCGGAUCACAGGGCCUUCCUGGUCCCCGCGGUGGGAAAGGUGACAAGGGAGACGUAGGCAAAAAGGGGCCUCCUGGACUGGCGGGAAUGCCGGGCGAGCAAGGCCCUGCAGGAGCCAAGGGCGGCGAAGGCAUCCCUGGUUCCCCGGGACCCGAAGGUCCUCAGGGCCAGAAGGGUGACGACGGACCACCCGGCCUUCCGGGCUCUCCGGGCAAAGACGGCGAACUGGGACCAAGAGGUCCUCCGGGCCCUAAAGGCGAAGAAGGGAAGCCCGGUCUUCAGGGCGUGCCUGGUGUCAAGGGACCUCCAGGGCUCGAAGGGCCGAAAGGCUCACCCGGUCUUCCGGGCUUUCCGGGGCCUCCGGGUGAAGCUGGGCUGCCGGGGAUAAAGGGUGAAAGAGGCAUUGACGGAGUCGACGGCCAGCCAGGCGAGCCCGGCCCAAUGGGGUCAAAAGGCGAAAUGGGCAAGAUGGGAACAGCUGGAGCCCCUGGAAAGCAGGGCCCGAUGGGUCCACCGGGCCUCCAAGGGGACGUCGGUCUUCCGGGAGACAAAGGUGACAAGGGUCAGAUGGGGCCACCGGGACUCCAGGGCCCGACAGGACCACCGGGCCCACCCGGACCAGCGGGACCACCCGGCCUGCGAGGGUCACCGGGCCCUGCAGGUGACGUUGGAGCGCCUGGCUUAGUGGGGCCACCUGGCCAGCCCGGAAGUGUGGGAGCACCGGGCGACAAGGGCAUGAAAGGUGACAGAGGAAAGCGGGGCCUCAAGGGCCACAGUGGCCUGCUAGGAAGGACGGGCGUCAAGGGCGACACCGGUGAAAAGGGAGAGAAAGGUCAACGCGGUGACACCGGACUUCCAGGACCUCAAGGACCCCAGGGACCCAUGGGAAUGGAAGGAGCUAAAGGCUCGGACGGGCCUCAGGGGGAGCCGGGACCCGAAGGAAUUCCGGGGCCUAAAGGUGUUCAGGGACCAGCAGGAAUGAAGGGUGAAACAGGACCACCAGGACCCAUUGGACCUCCUGGCCCGCCGGGCGAGGGACCCCAGAUACCUCCAGAGAUGCUGUUCCAGAGGGACCGCCACAACAGGUUCAAGCGCAGCCUUGAAAAACUCGACAACAGCAGCGUCGAAGGCGAUCGCGCUGUCCCCUCUGGUGACAGUGACGACGACGAUGAGCACAACUCGACGAUGACAGCGGAACCGCUGAGUGAAGCAUCGUUCGAGAGGAUCAACCGGACGCUGACGCACAUCUUCGCCAACGUGUACAUCAUGCGGCGGGAGAUUGAACACAUACGGAGGCCCGUGGGCUCGCAGCCCAACCCGUCCCGGUCGUGUCGUGACCUGAAGCUUGCGCACCCGGACACCCCCGACGGCUGGUACUGGGUGGACCCCAACCUUGGCGUGCCGGACGACGCAGUGCGCGCCUACUGCGGCAUGCGCGCCGGCGGUGAGACCUGCGUGUUCGCCGACGGAGGCGAGGACUCGGUGCGCAUUUCCAGGUGGGAGAAGCCGUCAUCUUACGCCGCUGACAACGGCUCAUCGUCAUGGUUCAGCGAACUCAAGGGUGGCUUCAGGGUGGGCUAUCGCACCGUUGGCGACGUACAGCUGCGCUUCCUCGGUCUUCUGAGCACCGGAGCCUACCAGAACUUUACCUUCGUUUGUAACAACGUGAACGCCUGGUACAGCCAACGGACCAAGGACCACGCUCACGCGCUCCGCUUCCGGGGCCGCAACGCUGCUGUCAUCAGCGUCGAGAAAAACAGCCCAACUGUUCCCGUAGAUGACUGCCAGUACCGGGAUGGCAAGACGGUGUUCGUGUUCAAGACCAAGGAGCCAGCCACACUGCCCAUUGUAGACUUCCAGCCAUCCGACUUCGGCGGCGAACACCAGUCCUUUGGAUUCGAGAUCGGGCCAGUUUGCUUUCAAUAAAGGGAAUUUUUUUUGCCUAGG